AUGGCCUUGACCACGGCCGCCAUCAAGCAGCGCCAGGAUCAGGCCACCAACGGCGUCUUGCUCGCUGCCUUCUACUACGGCAAUGCAGUUUCAGCGGUUUUGGAGAUUUCGAGGGGGCUGGGCUGGACCCUGCACGCGCAACCCCUCUCCUGCUGCCAGUGGUCGUGGCGCGUGCGCUCCGGAAUUCCCCACCAUCUGCACGGGGCUGGUGAGUUGACGCCCGCGCCGCACAGGCGCUGCUGGGGCGCCGGUCGCCUGGUAGCCAGCCUGCAGCAGGGGCCCACCAAAGCGCUGUUGGCGCUGCAGAUGCAGGCGCUUCAGGCGGUGGAGACAGCCGCGAUGGGGAGGCCACCACACCGUAGGGGCUUGCGAAAGGAGGGCUGUGAGGGUCCUGCCACUUCAGAGGCGCACGGUAGUCUUUCCAUACUGCGUUCCAGCAACGAGAGCAGACCGCAACCACGGCCCUGCCCGGGGGGAUCCCUUUGCCUGGCAAUCAAGCUGGGGUGCGCAGCGAGGGCAGCCCAGGGUUUCUGUCUGCGGGUCUGUGCGGAGGGGUCCAAAUGCCCACAGUUCCAGGGGGGCGGCGCAGAAGAUCAGCCCCCACGUUUUCUUCCGCUGGCCCGUCGGGGGGAUCCCUUCGCCCACCAAUCUAUUGGAGUGGCGCAGCGGAAGCAGCCCUCACAUGCCGACGACCGGGGGCUUGUCCGGAGGGAUCCCUUCAGCAACAAUUCUGGGGGGCGGUGCAGGAAUGGCAGCCCUGUUUUGCCUGAUCGCGGGCCUGUCAGGGGGUUUCAAACGGCCUCUGCCUGGGAAGGCGGCACAGCGAGGGCAACUGCUACAUGUUGUUAA